AUGCCCGCCAAGACAGAGAAACAACUAACAAGAAAAAAGAAUCCAAAAUUUUCAUCGAUGGCCCUCAUCAGUAGUCUACCGCAGUUUCCAGAUACUCGUAUUAGCUUGAGAUUAUUCCACAACGUUUCAAACGCAAGUGAAAUACGAUCCAAAGUGGCACAAUUGCCCUACGCAAUAAUCGAUGCAAGAUCAAUUUGUUCCUUGGAGCAGGUUUAUUCUGCUAUCUACCGGGCACUAGUAGAAUCCAAGUAUGGUAAGUUGAAGACUAAGAGCCUGCACUCUGAAUGUCUCUAUAGUUUGUCAGCCACUUCCAACAUCGGUGAAGCUUAUAAGAAUUUUGGUAUUAAAGAUGAUUCCCAAAUGUUGUUAGUGAUUCAAAUAGUGGAUAAAGACCAGCAAGAUUUACAACUGCAAGGAGAUGAGGUCCCUCUGAAUGAUGAGAAUUUAUCUCAAAAUUGUGAUAUGACCUUCAUUAGAAAAAUCUAUAAAUUAAACGAGUUCCACAGUACUUCAACUAUUGAAAUAUCUAGAGCCGUGGUAAAUUGUAUCCAAUUAAGAGGUUUGUGA